UCUCUAAAAUCACCCCUACUCUUCUCUUUUCUCUCCUCCUAGCUGCAGAACAGGAAGAAGAAGAAGCAAAAUGUCUACUGCUACUCUUUCUUCCCUUUUCCUCUUCUUCUUCUUCGCCAUUGUAACCCCACAUUUCGUUUUCUCUUCCCCAGUUCCUGAUCCUGAGCUAGUUGUACAAGAGGUGCACAGGAGCAUCAAUGCUUCAAGGAGGAACCUUGCCUUCCUCUCAUGUGGAACCGGCAACCCCAUUGACGACUGCUGGCGGUGCGACCCCAAUUGGGAGAGGAACCGUCAGAGAUUAGCAGACUGUGCUAUUGGGUUUGGGAAGGACGCCAUUGGAGGAAGAAAUGGUAGAAUUUACGUGGUCACUGACUCUGGUGAUGAUGAUGCUGUGAACCCAAAGCCUGGGACUCUCAGGUAUGCAGUGAUUCAAGAUGAACCCUUGUGGAUUGUUUUCCAAAGAGAUAUGGUUAUUCAACUGAAGCAAGAACUGGUGAUGAAUUCUUUCAAGACUCUUGAUGGUAGAGGAGCUAGUGUUCACAUUUCUGGAGGACCAUGCAUUACUAUUCACUAUGCAACUAAUAUCAUCAUCCAUGGAUUACACAUACAUGAUUGUAAGCAAGGAGGGAAUGGUAAUAUAAGAGAUUCUCCUCAUCACUCAGGGUGGUGGACUCAAUCGGACGGUGAUGGUAUUUCCAUCUUCACAAGCAAACAUAUCUGGGUCGACCAUUGCUCGCUCUCUAAUUGCCAUGAUGGUUUGAUAGAUGCCAUCCAUGGAUCUACAGCCAUUACUAUCUCUAACAACUACUUCACUCAUCAUGACAAGGUCAUGCUCUUGGGUCAUAGCGACUCGUAUACUCAAGACAAGAACAUGCAAGUUACUAUUGCCUUUAAUCAUUUUGGAGAAGGAUUAGUGCAGAGAAUGCCAAGGUGUAGGCAUGGAUAUUUUCAUGUGGUGAACAAUGAUUAUACUCACUGGGAAAUGUAUGCCAUUGGUGGGAGUGCUUCCCCUACCAUUAACAGCCAAGGGAAUAGAUUUCUUGCACCAAACGACAGGUCCAAGAAAGAGGUGACCAAACAUGAGGAUGCGCCUGAGAGCGAGUGGAGACACUGGAACUGGAGGUCAGAGGGAGACUUAAUGAUGAACGGAGCAUUUUUCCGGCAAUCAGGUGCAGGAGCUUCUUCAAGCUAUGCUAGAGCUGCUAGCCUGAGUGCAAGACCAUCUUCUCUUGUAGAUUCAAUGACCAGGACUGCGGGUGCACUUGGCUGCAGGAGGGGUUCUCGUUGCUAGCUACAAUUAAUUGAAAAUCACUAUAUUUAACAGUAGGCCUUAACUGGCCAGUGUAAUGUUAUGGAUUUGUCUCUUGUUUGUUUUGACAACCUCUGUAAUAUUUGCUUUUUGAAAACUUUAAUGGAUUGGACUUCGUUGCCAAUCCUUGUUUUUGUUUAAAGUAAAAGCAAGACCAGAAGCGUUGACUUUUUGUUUAGUAUAA